GGCCGCGCACGGACAGGUCUCCCGCGGGACCGGGCCGAGGCGACGGCGGUUGCCGGGACGCCGGGGCGGGCUGUCCGCCGGAAGCACCGGGACCGGAGGCGGCGGAUGGAGGCUGAGCCGGAGCGGGUGGAGGCGCCGCGGCGGGCGGGCGCCGCCGGGGUACUAAAGAUGGGCCGUCGUGCCCGCCAGGACUUAUUUACAAAUGAAAACCUCAGCAGGAAGAAUUCCCCGUCUUCUUUUGGAGAGGGUCCACCACCUAAACCUCCACGCCGGCAAGGAGGCUGGGCAGAUGAUCCUGUACUGGCACCUACCAAGUCAGGAAGAAAGCAUGCAGAAGAAGUAGAAGACCAUCGUCUCAGACAGCAGAGCCUGGAGGCAUCAGAGGAUGGAGGAGACAUUCCUGUGAUCCCUGACUUGGAGGAAGUCCAGGAGGAAGAUCUUGCCAUGCAAGUGGCAGCUCCCCCCAGUGUUCAGGUGAACCGAGUUCUGACCUACCAUGACCUGGACAAAGAUCUAAUGAAAUAUGCUGCCUUUCAGACUCUGGAUGGAGAGGUCGACCUGAAGCUUCUCACCAAAGUUUUGUCUCCAGAGCAUGAACUACGAGAGGACAUCAAGAUUGCCACCUUCCUCACAGCAAAUGCCACAAGAUGUAAAGAUAUCUGCUUUACAUUUCAUCCAGCAGCCUCCAGCCAUUCCCUCCUAGUUUAACCUCUCUUCUGGAACUUUACCACUGUAUUGACUCAAAGGAAGCAGCAUCACCUACUAAACUGCCAACACCACUUCUUACAGCCCCUCUUUUUUCCCUUGAGGUUUCCCAGCUAAAUUCUGACCAGGCCUAACCCCACUUAGCUUUUGCUAUCAGAUGAGAUUACAGCCAGAACAGAGAGAGCUUCAGGCAAGAGGUAGUUUGCAAAGAAAAUACUGUUUAUUUCAGCAUGUGAAAGAAUGGAGCAUGCUGCUCUGAAACAAGGUAACUCCCUUGUGUGUGUCUCCUUGGAACCAAGUAACCCACUCUUAUUGUCAUCUAAGGAAAAAUCCAUUUAGCUGUUGCCCUGUGCCCAUAGAACUUUGGUCAUUAUUAGCAGGAAACAGUAACAUUACUUCUAAGCCAACGUCCUUCGAAGCCUCGUCCAGUGAGAGAAUCUUCCUUCUGGGGAGCAGUGCAGAUGCUGGCAGGGACGUUUGCUGUGCUUUCCUUAGCUCGUUUGGUUGGUCUAAUAGAGUACGGCAUUCCCACUCUUGGACUGACAGCAGGACAGGUCAUAGCACUUGCGGUGAAUUCAGUGCUCUGCAAAACCACAGGUCAGAGCUGAUACGUCAAACAGUUCUACCAACAAGAGAGAAGCAUCUGGAGAAAUCCCAGUCUGGGGCCACCAAAAUAAGGAGGGGCUCAUCUAUCUCAAGGAGACACUAGGCUUUUUACAGCCAAUAAAUCUCCCCUAUAACUAGAAAACUAGGUGAGGCAGAAGCUUGGGAGAGACUUUCUCUGAGUAGAGAAACCUGUUUUGGUGUAAGUUGAGAGUUCCCAGCUGAGAUAGUGCCUAUUUUUCUGUGACAGCUAUGUUUUUUGGCCAAAGAGAAUUUAGAAUGCUUCCUACAUUCCAGGAGAAAAAAGAAAAUUAGCAAACUGAAAUAGUUUAGUG